AUUCAACAUGAUGUUGCAGCUCUGGAGUACAUCCUGUAAACCCAGGUCUAGUCCGUAUUAUGCAAAGCGUCGUGGCAUAGAACGCAGCCAUGUUGCGCCAAGGAGUUGUCGUCCGCCGUCCGCGUCGACUACUAAAGUCAACGCCGACCAGAAUGCACCCAGCGAUACGGCACCUCCUUCAUCUGGCUCAUGGGAGCUGCAGGAGGAGCGAGGCGUGCGCUUCGUAACAGGCAAUGCUUUCUACCGCGCUGAGAGCUGCGCGGGUCGGGACCUGGCGGUGCUAGCAGCGGCGCUGCAGCGGCGGCGCACUGGUCGGCUCCGCGUGCUGGACGUCAUGGCGGGAAGCGGCAUGCGGGGAGCCAGGUACCUAACGCAGGCGGACGCGGAUGAGGUGUGGGUCAACGACUUCAGCCCGCAGCUACAUGACGCCCUGGUGUUCAACAUGUGUACGGCAGCGGGGUUGCCGCUGCACGACACACCGGAGGGCAGCAGCAGCACCGGCAGCAGGGACAGCGCCGUCAUCUUGCCCCAGCAGGCCCCAACACAGCAGGCCCGGCGGAAAAGCGUGGCGGGACUCGCCGCGCCGGAGCCCGAGGCUGCUGCUCCUCAGCAAGCUGGCCUUCAGCAUGGGGCUCGGACUAAACCCUCUCUGGCAGCGCAGACGCAGGCUCCGGCAGCACCCGCAGGUCGCAAGCUGCUACGCCCAGCAAGCGGUGCGGCGCAGGUGCAGGAGCCCGCUGCACCCCCGGGGGAGGGGGCUGAGGCAGGCGCAGCGGCGGAUGCGGAGGCGGAUGUACGGCGGUAUGCGAUGGCGGCGGAGGGCCGGGCGCAGCAGCUGAAGCUGGAGGGACUGUCCAAGGACGUGUGGCAGUGGGAACUGCCGCGGAAAGAAAGAAGAGUCGACCGAGGACGAGGCAGCGCAAUGUUGAGGCCGCUUGGAGGAAAAAGAAACAGCAGCCGCGGCGGCGCAGGUGCUACCAUCGACCAGGAUGCAGGCAGCGGCAACAGCAUCAGGGGCAACCUCCGCAGCGCAGCACCUGGUACUGGGGGCGCCCAUCGGAUAGGCACUGAUGACAGCAGCCAAGGCUUGGGCGACAGCAGCGAUGACGACGACUCGCCGGCAGCAGGUGUUCAGCGCAUCCGGGUGUCCCAUGCAGAUGCCAACAGGCUCUUGACCAACUGCUACAUGCGCGAGGCGUACUACGACCUCAUCGACGUGGACAGCUUUGGCUCCGAAACCAUGCACUUUCCCGCUGCCAUUGAUGCCGUACGGUACGGCGGGCUGCUGUACCUCACCAGCACAGACGGUUUCACCAGCGCCGGCAAGCGGCCGGAGCGGAGCCUGGCUGCGUACGGCAGCUACCUGCGAGCCAUGCCCUGGGCUAAUGAGCAGGGCCUGCGCAUGGUGAUCGGCGGAGCGGUGCGUGAGGCCGCCUCGCGCGGCGUCUGUCUGCGCCCCGUCUUCUCGCUGUACUCCUACCACGGCCCUGUCUUCCGCGUUAUGCUGCGGGCCACCCGCACCGCCGAGUGGCCGGCGGAGCACUACGGCUUCGUGGGGCACUGCUUCACGCAUGGGGACAACUACACAGUCGGCUGGCGGGACCUGGGCGGCGCUGUGUGCAGGUGUGAGAUCCGCGGCAAGCGGCAGCAUCCCUGUGCAGCUCACACUGACGAUACCAACUACACGCCACCGCCGCCGGCAUCGCCGCCGUUGCCGCUGACGUUGUCCGGGCCCAUGUGGACGGGUCCGCUGCAUGACGCCGCGGAGCUGAAGGCCAUUGCGGGGGAGGCGACGGCACGCGGCUGGGCAGGGUUUGGGCUGGACGAGCACGGCACACCGCACCUGCGCAACCGGGUCAAGAGCAGCCGUACCACUCGCCCACUGGAGCAGCUGCUGGAGGUGUUGCUGGAGGAGGCGGACCCGCGCCUGCCGCCCGGCUUCUUCUCCAUCGACCUCUCCGUGUCGCGGCGCCUGCAGCGGCCGCCUCCACGCGACCCGCUCAUCGCGGCGCUGCGGGCGGAGGGUUUCGCGGCGGCGAGGUGCCACCUGGAGGCUCGCGCCUUCCGCACCAACGCCUGCAUGGCGGAUGUGCUGCGGGUGGCGGAGGAGCGGCUGGGCAUCCCUCGGCGGCUGGGGGGCCGCCCCACAGCACCAGCAGCGGCAGCCGAACCCACCAAGUGAAGUGGGUUCAGCCAGCAGAUGCGGGGCGGGCGGAAGCGAGGGCUGAUUACAGUAGCUCGUGUCGUGUGCCGGAAGCGGCACGACGUUUGGCGAAGCAGGGACGUGCAGGGACAUUCCUGAACUCGGGUGUUACAAGGGGCCAGCAGCUGUCCGGCUCCGGCUGCGCGUGGCCCAGUGGAGUACACAUCCUGGACACCAGCCAGAAGUGGGUGUGUACGUUCCAGGUGCAUCAGCGACAGCAUGACACGCAUGACUAAAGGGUUUGAUGCUUGCUUGCCAAGCCGUGUGUAUGAAAAUUGACAGAACCAAGACAUGCUCCAUGGUCCAUGCGAGCAUCCGGCUUUCCCCAGUUGCUGCCCUAGUCCAUACACGUCAAGUCAGUGCACACGAAGGGGCCAACUUGUUA